AUGGCCGCUACUACCUCCGUUCCCACCCAGAACCAGGUCCUCGUUCCCGAGACCCUUCUGAAGAAGCGCAAGUCCCAGGAGGCUGCCCGCGCUGAGCGCCGUGCCGAGGCCGAGAAGACCAAGAAGGCCAACAAGGAGAAGCGUGGUGUUAUCUUCAAGCGUGCCGAGUCUUACGUUCAGGAGUACCGCACCGCUGAGCGCGAGAAGAUCCGCCUCAACCGUGUUGCUCGCCAGGAGGGCAGCUUCUUCGUUGAGGGUGAGCCCAAGCUCGUCUUUGUUGUCCGUAUCAAGGGUAUCAACAAGAUUGCUCCCAAGCCCCGCAAGAUCCUCCAGCUCCUGCGUCUACUCCAGAUCAACUCUGGUACUUUCAUUCGUCUCACCAAGGCUACCCAGGAGAUGUUGACCAUUGUCAACCCCUACAUUGCCUACGGUUACCCCAACCUGAAGUCCGUCCGCGAGCUUCUGUACAAGCGUGGUUACGGAAAGGUCGACAAGCAGCGCACUCCCCUCACCGACAACCAGAUCAUCGAGGAGCACCUUGGCAAGUUCGGCAUUGUCUGCAUGGAGGAUCUGAUCCACGAGAUCUACACCGUUGGCCCCAACUUCAAGCAGGCCAACAACUUCCUCUGGCCCUUCAAGCUGUCCAACCCCAACGGUGGUUUCCGCACUCGCAAGUUCAAGCACUACAUCGAGGGUGGUGACACCGGUAACCGUGAGGAGAACAUCAACGGUCUCAUCCGCCAGAUGAACUAG